AUGCUGCUGUGCACGGACACUACAGCCCGGGGGUGGAGGAGCAGCGAGGCUGCAUGGGAGCCCACGGGGCAUGGCGGCUCUCGGUCCCCUCCGCGCACAGUGAUGCACAUGCCCCACAAGGAGAUGCCGAGCCUGCGCCCGCUGUGUGAGCCCAGCACUUAGCGCCACUAUGAACGACCAUGACUGGGAGGAGGAAGGAGCGCUGACAGCGCCGGAGGGCACCACCGUCACAGAUGCCCCCGGAGAGUUACUGAAGAGGCUGGGCGCCCUGCAGCUGGCGGAGCCCCGGUAUAACGACGAGAGGCGGAGGCCCCCCCUGGUGCGCAGUCAUGUGGAUACCAGGUACCCGGAGCCCCUGGGCACAGAGCUGUCUCCCCGCAGGAGGGCACGCUCCCUGCCCUGGAACUCCAUCCCGGAGGUCGAUGUGGAGGAGGAGGGGGACGCCCUCCUGUGCUGCUGCAAGCUGAAGAAGAAGGUGCAGUUUGCGGACUCCCUCGGCUUAUGCCUGGCCAGUGUCAAGCACUUUCUGCCCUCUGAGGAGCCCCUGGUGCCCCAGGCAGUACUGGCCAGGCUGCAGAGUUACCCCCCAACCGUGCCAAAGCCAGAGCUUCAUCUGCUGGAGGGCAUGUGCUUUUCUGAGUGCCCCAUCCCUGAGGAGCUGCUGGCAAGGCUGGAGGAGCAGAGGGUCUGUCUGGAGCAGGUGUCCGCCUCCACUUUGGGGAUAAAUGGGUACAUCUUGGUGAAGGACCCAGGAGAGAAUGCCCAAGUGAAAGUCCGCUACACCUUUAAUAAGUGGUUGUCUUUCCUGGACUGCCCAGCAACUGCUGCCCAGCAAUGUACUGGCCCUGGCACCCAGCGCUUCCACUUUAGCCUGUGUUACCCACCCUUUGCCUCUCUCAUUCACUUUGCUGUAUGCUUUACUACAGGCCACGGGCAAGAGAUCUGGGACAACAACCAGGGGGUGAACUACUCGGUCAGCUGCCAGCAGAACCAGCCCCCCGAUGUCCAGCCCGCAAGCCCCGAGCAGGAGGAGUUCGAGGGCUUCCGGCUCUGGUAGCACCCAGCUGAAGGGCACCUUUUACACGUAUUUGCUGGCGGACGCUUUGUUUCCCUCAAUGCUGCACCAUAUGACCGAGAACUGCUUCCUGGCGAUGUGUGCGGAGCGGUUGUGAAAUGGAGCACACAGUACGGUUUUCUAGCAGCAGCACAAGGUUAUAAGGGAGACGGAGGAUUUUCUCACCUGAUGGCGGCCUGUGACAAUGACACAUUAUCUGCCGGGGACAGUAGGGACAUUGUUUGCUUGUGUAACAUCUCUGCUUAGGACGGGGUUAAUUCUACCCUCUCUGACAGUGACUUCCAAAACGUGAUGAAAUUGCGCACAUAAUAUUCAGUAGAUCUGCUGAUCAUCUAGACAAUCAUGUCAUGCAAUGGGCAGGCACUUAUCAAUAAUUCCACUUAGCAUAUCAAAGGGAAGUUAACCCAUUUAUUUCCUCUAGCGACAAUCCUGCUUCUCAAAACGAGGAAAAUGAAUCUCUGGCCACGAGAUAGUUAAAAGGCAUCUGUCAGCAGUUUCGUACCUAUGAAGCUGGCUGACCUAUUGGCAGCUGAAGGCAUCUGUGUUACUGAGAAAAAUGAUAUUUUAAUAUAUGCAAAUGAGCCUCUAAGAGCAACGGGGGCGUUGCCAUUACUCCUAGAGACUCUGCUCUCUCUGCAACUUCUGCGUCCUCUCCACUUUGACAGGGCCCGGUGUGAUCACAUUUACACUGUCUGGACCUGUCCAUAAAAGUGCAGGGGGCGCAGCAGUUGCAGAGAGAGCAGAGCCUCUAGGUGUAAAGGAUAACGCCCCCUAGUGACUCAUUUGCAUAUAUUAGGCUACUUUCGCAUAUGCGUUUUGCUUUCCGGUUUGAGAUCCGGCUGAGGAUCUCAAAACCAGAGCAAAUCGCUUCAGUCCGAUUUAAUACACCCAGAUGCGGUUGUAUUAAAUCGAAACUGAGCAAACUGGAUCAAUGGGUCCUGGAUCCUUUUUUUAAAUAUUUUUUAUCCGAAAAAAAACGUAUCCGGCACCAUUGACUUACAUUAUCGUUGGUGCCAGAUCCAGUUUGUUCAGUUUCGUAGACCGGACACAAAACCGCAGCUGAUCGGCGACAAAACUGAAGUGUUUUGCCCCAAGUUCUGAGAUCCUCUGCCCGAUCUCAAAAGCAGAAUGCGAGGCCUUAAAGCAUAAUAUUUCUCAGCAAUGCGAGCACAUAUCAACAUGGGACCUACAGAGAUGCCGUCAGCUGCCAAGCGCACAUUUAACAGGCACAAAACUGCUGACAGAUGCCCUUUAAAACUUUAUUCUGCAGUGUGGAAAUGUGGGAAGGACAGCCAAUAUUGCCACUGGUACUGCCCCUAGCAGGGGAUCGCCCAGCUUUCCUAGACUCCAGAAAAGGGGCAGCACUAUGGGACGAUAACUGUAUGGGCAGAAUUGCCUUUCUGGGCUAGGAAAAGAUGGCUGACAUGGGAAGGGUCCUGGCGGCCGUAUUUGCUGUCCCCUGGAAGGGACGUAUGGAGGAUCAAGGACUUUGCUCUUUAACCAUGGCUUCCAAUGAGAUAUAAAAUAACAGCUCUUCACAACCUGCAAAAGUUGUAGGCUGUUAUGGCACGCUGGGACUUGUAGUGUCCCAGAGGUUGCGGAGCAGGGAAGGACGUAUAUUUCGACUGUAGAGGAGAGACUUGCACAGUGGAGUCAUUGUAUGCACUUUACAGGGUUUCUAUGCACUUUUUACAUGAUUAAAGUCCUGCUUCUCCUGC